CAACCUAACGUGGAGGGAUUGAUAUACGGAUUACGGUUCGUGUGGAUGAAAGCAUGUUUUAUGUAAAGGAUUCACUUAAGCUUUCGCAGUUUCACCGGGAAUGGGACCAGUUAGAUACGAAAUCAUCGCUCAUAGUGUUGUUUUUCUAAUAGGAUGUUUUUUUCGAGGAUUUAGCAUAGAGAUUGAGCCCCGUGAAGUGCUUGAUCUUAUUCAGUCUCUCAAUGAAACGGCGACGGAAAUCACGGGGCUACAAUACAUCUCAGGAUUUACCAAUCACACACCAACACUUCUAUUGGAAGGUGCCACUCGCCACAUAGCUGUACCAGAACCAGUUUUACAACAAGCACUUCAUUUAUUGAAAACUCAUGAUGAAAUCACAUUUUUAGCCAAUGUAAGACAGGAAUUAGGAGAUUCUGGUAGCAUUUUUUCAUUUUCCUCAGAAAUAUACAGAUUUUUAGAAGUGGAAAGUAGUGGACGACGAGAUGAAAUACGUUUCCACUAUACACAUGACCAACAAAUACAUGUCGAAACAUUCCCAUACAGACUUGCAGACAACCAGUGGCAUCACUUAGCCCUAUCCAUUAGCGGAGCCCAUGUGACGCUCCUGGUAAACUGUAGCAAAAUAUAUCAGCGAGUGAUUCACACAGUGGAUCGGGAGUUCACGGCAGGGAAACUAGCUCUUUUUAUUGGUCAAAGAAAUGGCCAACAUGCUCUAUUUCAGGGGGCUUUACAAGAUGUAAAAAUAGUUACUCAAUCUCAUGGGUAUUUAUUACAAUGUCCGGAUCAAAAUACAGAUUGUCCAACUUGUGCUCAGUAUCAAGCUUUGGAACAAAAAGUUAAAGAAAUGUAUAAUUUAUAUGAAAAUAUAUCAAUGAAGCUUCUGCAGGCAGAAGAGAGAUUAACUGGUUUGGAGCAGUGUGAAUGUGCCCGGAGUUGUUCCGACAAUGGAACGAUUCGGAAAGAAGGGGAGCAGUGGGAGCGAGAUAAGUGUGCCGCGUGUAUGUGCAGGAAUGGAAGUAUUACGUGUACAAAAUUACAAUGCCCUCAAUUGGAGUGCAAGAACCCUGUCUAUAGAGAAGAAAAAUGCUGUCCAGUAUGUUUAACAAACUGUUUUUACAGUGGAAAGUAUUAUGACCACGGUGAAAAGUUCAGUCCUAGAGUGUGUGUAAAUUGUACCUGUAAUAAAGGAAAAAUGUUAUGUCAGAGGAAGGAACCAGCCACAAGCUGUACACAGCUGAAUUGUCCCGAGUCCGAGCAUCUACAGAUACCAGGAGAGUGCUGUCCGGUCUGUAAAGGGACAGAUUUUUGUGCUCUUGGCCAUGAUUGCCACAAGAAUGCUAGCUGCAUCAACCUUGCCACCCGCUAUGCAUGCCAGUGUUUACCUGGUUUCCAAGGCGAUGGACAUUACUGUCAGGACAUCGAUGAGUGUGCUACCGAGGGUGGGAAAAAUGGCCACCAUUGCACUAGCAACACAGUGUGUGUUAAUACGAUUGGCUCGUACACGUGUCAGUGUGCUGCUGGUCACAACCGAUUGGACGAUUAUACGUGCGAAGGUAGCAGGUGUUUUUCACUGGGAACUUGUGUGAAGUUGAUAUUGUUGUGCCUUACGCUGUAUCUCACGCUGUACAUAUAGCCAAUGUCAUGUCAUCAGUCGACAACUGUGUAAAAAAUUGUUGAUAAAAGACAAAGUUGUUGUUGGAAGGAAAUGGCCGCCAUCUAUUUUCUAGGAGAAUACAAAAUAUUCCAAAGGUGUACAGACAUUUUUGGUAAGUUAUUGUGACUAUUCUACCUCUGGAAGUCUUGGCUGUAUGGCCCCUCCCAGACAGGAAGGUGGCGCCCCCUGGAUGUACUGUAGGAGUUGUCUACCCUUCUGUCUGGGUUGGGGGUAGAUUUACAGAGAAUAAAUCCCAUUUCCAGUUUA